CACAAAUCUCUCUUCUUCUCUCGCUCUCUCUUUUGCUCGCUGCUCUGCUGCUGUGGCCAUCGCUUUUCUUCCAUUCUUCGAGUCUUCGUUCACUGGCAAACAAAUCUUCUCCUCUUUCGAAUUCAUGUCGGAGAAGGGUCAGCCACUACCGAAGUUUGGAGAAUGGGAUGUUAAUAAUCCUGCUUCAGCAGAGGGCUUCACUGUGAUCUUUAACAAAGCAAGAGAUGAGAAGAAAACCGGUGGCCAAUCAGAAUCGUCACCUAAAAACGCUCAGGGGAAACGUGUAGCAGAUUCUGGCAAACCUCAGUCUAAGAAAUGGUUCUGCUGCAUUCAGAGCCCACCUACGCAAUCUUGAUGGUAUUACCCGUCUGUAGAUAACCGUAUUGAUCAGUGAUCUGCAAUCUGUGAUCAUCUCUGCUGGUUUUUGAUAGAGAAGAUGAGAUUUUUAAUGCUGUGAUCAGCCAGCCUGCUACUAUUUGCUUCAUAAAUCCGGGGAAAGAAAGGUGAAAGAAUUUGACAUGCUUCGUUUGUAGUGGUGGUGUGGUGAAUUGUUAGUAGGUGCUGAGCUAUGCUAUCUCAGUUGUUUUUGCUUCUUUUUUGUUUUUUUUCUUCUUAAAGCCUUUUGCUGGUAAUAUCAUCUGUUAUUGAAUCUCUAUUAUUGCUUGUGAAAUGGUUUCUCUCUCUUUUUCC